AUGGACGAGGCCAUGCAAACGGAGGACAUCGAUCCAGCCUUGACCUGCCUACCCGAUCCUUCUCUGAACCCUUCCACCCCCGCAUUCCAGACGCCCGCGAAAGCUCCAUCUAGAGGUAGACUGGAUGCUACAAUGCAGGACAGCCCACAGCUGCAACUCCUGUCCCAUGGCUGGGGCUUCACGCCUGCGCCAGCUCGCACGAGACCCCGCGCUCACGAUAUGUUCAACACUUCUACCGCUUCCUUUGGCCUUGGCACACCGUCUACUACGGCUCCAGCAUGUACGAGUGGCUAUCCGGUACUCUGCGGCAGUGCCAACGAGCUUCCUGGAAGGGCCUCUAGGCAGGCUGUGGGCACUCAGUCCUUCCCGUCGGGACUUGGUGUCGGCACCGCUGCACCUGCACCUCCGGCUCCCUCUUCGCUGGAGCCGGCCAUCAAGCUCGAGGAGGGCGUGGGUGAUACUGAUAUGAGUGGGAUUGAGCCUGCCGCUCCUCCUAGGAGGUCGGGGGCGAAGAGGAAAUGGCAGCUAGGUGAGUACCUCGCCACCAAGAUCAAGAAGGAGGGAGUGGAGUAUCAGGACACACAUGGCAAUUUCCCCGUUUUCCCCAAGUACUCCGCUCCUCUCGUCUCCGUCCCCACCGGCAGGAUGUGGGAGCCCGCUGCUUUAACUCCAAAUACUAUCAUGAGUGGCACUUCUGAGUUCCUAUCGGCCCUGCGUGGCGUUGGCCUUCCUGCAGAGACGGACAACUUCAUACCCUUCAACCAGGAGCGGAUGACCAAGCUCGCACUUCCGAAAACACCCUCACCCUCUCCCUCACCAGAAUUGGAGCAGCCGAAGAAGCAGCGGCAGCAGACGCAGACGAACUGCAUCCCGCUCGAAUACAACCGCUUGACUGGCGAGAAGUUUGAUGUCACGGUGGCUCACACGAAGCCUGAUAGUAACUUUCUGUCGCUGAGUCAGAAGGAGAAGACGCGCAGCGAGAAGAAUAGUGCCUCCCGUGAGCCCCAUGACAAGAAUAAAACGACGAUGGACUCCAGCCCUAUGCCCCCCUCGAAGCGUGCGAGGCGUUCUACCAGCGGGCUUGAGGAUGGUGAGAUCGAGUCGAGGAAGGAAAAGCAGCAUCGUCGCCAUCAAAUUUAUCUACAUAAACAUGAUAAUUCCCCCAGCCGUUCCAGAUACAAUGAAAACCGCGGCAGGACGUUGAAGAGGCGUGAGGACGGCCCGCCAAAUAUCGACCGCUACAGACCCGAGAUAGAUCGCUAUCGUCCAGCCCGGGCCAAGGAAGCUACCGAGGGAAACCUCAAGGGACUGAAUAAGGAGGCUCCGAGGGGAAGAGAACUGACGAGGCCUAUUAGAGCUAGGUCCACCUCCAAGCCCCCAAGACCGUCCUGGAGCGACCACCUUCGCAUGGGCCGUGAGGGAGAGGGUCUCUUGGGCGCCCCUCCUAGUCGUGAAGUAGAGAGUCACUUCGGUGCCCUCCCUGGUCGUGACUGGGUGCCACCUGGCUUCAAUUCGCUCGCCAUCAAAUCGCCUCCCCCCAUGGCUUUCGAUCAACGGCAACCAAUAGCCACCGGUUUCAGCGGACAGUUUCCAUUCCAAACUGUUCGGCAGUUCCCGCAGUUCUCGGGAAUGCAGCUCGAGCCCUCCGGCAUGCUUCAAUGUCAGCAGGACUCCCAGUUCCAGUUUGGCUCCCAGUCCCAGCAGAGGCCGCUGUAUCCCCCCGUAAUGCCCGACAUCAGGCUUGCUCUGAAGCCUUUAGUCACGUACAGCCCCGUUGGCGCCUCGGACCCUGCUGAACCGAAUGAUCACAGUCCAGGCCAUCUAUUACUUGAGUGGGCCGGAGAGAAUCAGCUCAGGCUUCAUGCUAUGGAGCUGAUUCAAACCCUCGGCCUCGGCCAACCUGGCCAGCGUUGUGAUUUGAGGGGCCUCGCCAGCGCACUGGUGUCGGACCGCACACUCUCCCUCCUGGCAGCCUAUUAUCCGCUGCAAGUGUCGAUCCAGGCUCCCCGUUUCUUCCGAGCCUACAUCGGCGCGAUUAUCGAGAGUAACCGCGAAGCCAGCGGCCUCGUGAGCAUGCGCUCGCAGCAGGACCUGAGGCAGUGGUUCUUCGAGCUGUUCAUGCCGGUCAUCGAGGACAUCGCACCGCACUAUACGCACCAGCCACAGCAGAAGCAGAAGCCCGCCGACCAUGCUCGACCAGCCACUCCCCGUGAUGCUCGUCAGAGUCGCGCGGGUGACAAAGGCAACCGGUCGGAGCGCAUGGAGGCGGUCAAGAGGAUGAGGGACGCACACUAA